AUCAGAAAUGUCACAAAACAAACCACGUAGCAUUGAAUUUAUAGCUAGAUUAAAUAAAAAGAGUGAAUAUAACGAUUGCCUCAAACUUGGAAAGGAAUUGAUUAGAAAAAAAGAACCUAAACUUGUAGUUCAUCGAGAUAUCUAUUACAAUACUUUACGCGGACGUUUGAAGCUAAGAGAUAUGAUAGGAACUAAUAAAGGCAAGCUUCUUCAAUAUGAACGGAGUGAUAUUCCAGGACCCAAAUUAUCAAAUUACAAUGUUCUGGAUGUUGAGGAUAUAAAUUUGAUGGAAAAGAUGCUCGACAACUCAAUUGGAUCUCUUGGAUAUCUAGAGUUGAUUCGUAAUCUAUACAUUUAUGAACGAGCCAAUAUUUUCGUGGAUGUUUUGAAGAACAAGCAAAGGAUCUUUUACGGAAUGGAAUUUGAGAUCAAACUGGAACCUGGAGAAGACAUUGAAGUCGGUAAAAAGAUUGCAGAAGAUUUGAUGAAGAAAUUCAAGAUCAACAAGAAUCAGUUGCUGAAAGAAUCGUAUAUUGAAGUUUUAUUUCCAAAAAGUGAUCAGAAUUAAUUAAAUUCAAGUAUUAGCUCAUACGUCA